AUGGAGAGCAUAAACUCUUGGUACAGAGACCUCUUGGAUAACAGGGCUGAUCCUCGUGUCAAAGAUUGGCCAAUGAUGUCAUCGCCGUGGCCAACGCUAGCGGCUUGCUUGUGCUACGCGCUCUGUGCUAAAAAAAUUGGCCCAAGUUUCAUGGCUAAUAGAAAACCCUUCGAGCUGAGGAAUGUUCUCGUCAUUUACAACCUGGCGCAGACGAUAUUCAGUGCCUGGAUAUUUUAUGAGUACUUAGCAAGCGGAUGGUGGGGCCAUUACGAUUUUAGAUGUCAACUGGUUGACUAUUCAAGGAGCCCUAAGGCUAUGAGGAUGGCGAAUACAUGCUGGUGGUACUACUUCAGCAAGUUCACGGAGUUCUUCGACACGCUGUUCUUUGUUUUAAGGAAGAAGAACGAGCACGUGUCGACGCUUCACGUCAUACACCACGGCAUCAUGCCGAUGUCCGUGUGGUUCGGGCUUAAGUUCGCUCCAGGUGGUCACAGUACUUUCUUCGCUCUGCUGAAUACUUUUGUACAUAUCGUCAUGUACUUCUACUACAUGGUGUCGGCUAUGGGACCUAAGUAUCAGAAGUAUAUAUGGUGGAAGAAGUACCUCACCGCCUUCCAAAUGGUUCAGUUCGUGUUGAUCUUCAGUCACCAACUGCAAGUUUUGUUCCGUCCUUCGUGUCAGUACCCGCGAGUCUUCGUCUAUUGGAUAGCGAUGCACGGCUUCUUAUUCCUAUUCCUCUUCAGCGACUUCUAUAAAGCGAAGUACAACAGGAGCGGAAAGAAAAAGACCACAAACGGUCUCUGUAUGACGGUAAUGGAGGACAGUUGUAUAAGCAAGAACGGUUACAAACACGAGGAGGGUUCAGUACCUAAUUCAUACGCUUCAUCAGCGGCUGACGCCUUCGUAAGACGAAGACCUGUCUCAUAG